CGAAUUGCUUAUUGAUUCUCUCUCAUCACAACGGGAAUGAAUUCCGCAUAGUUCAUUCUCAUUGUCUGAAAACUUACUUGAUAAUCCGAACAACGCAGACUACGCAUAAGAAUCAACAUGAACAUUAUAGAGCCUGUCAUAUGCGGUACAAACUUAAGAAAUAUGUUGGAAGAAAUAUAACUGAAGAACAAACAAAUAUAGCCAAGCAUCAGCUGAUAGGUCUUCACCUUUUCUCUCACAGCAAACUGUGCAUUCGAUACAGCAUCCUUUACAAGAUCCGCGUUAUGGGGAACACUUACUUCUUUGAUAGUUAGACUACAAUCGUCAUCCCAUGUUCGGUUUCCAAUUUAAUACCCUUCCCAUUUCCACAGAGACAAGAUAUGCCUUGAAUGUACAGCUUCAGAUCGAAGUCGAUGAGGUUCGAAGUUAUGAUCAUACGCUCGCUUUAGCUCACUUCUUAGGUGAAUGUGAAAAACGAUAAGCACCACUUUUAGAACGAUCGUGCACAGGGUAGACCCUGAAAAGAACCAAGAUUGUCUUUUGCAGUCGACAAACAAUUUUUGAGGACCACAGGUCAUCUUC